UAACAACUACAUAACAAAUAAUAUAUUUAAUUUAAUUUGCCACCACCACCGCUGAAAUUAAAACCUACUUUUCUCCGGCGAAAAUGGCCGCCAGCAUUGAGGAUAUUCGCCGGGCUCAACGGGCGGAGGGCCCCGCCACCAUCCUCGCCAUCGGAACCGCUACUCCGGCGAACUGCGUCGAACAGAGCGAGUACCCUGAUUUCUAUUUUCGCAUCACUAAUAGCGAACAUAUGACCGAUCUUAAGGAAAAAUUUAAGCGCAUGUGUAAGUUUUAUUGUUCCAUCAGAUUUAUUUUAUUUAAUUCUAGAGAGAGAAAGAUAAUUUGUCUAUUUAUGGCACCUUCUCUAGACGCGCGUCAGGACAUUGUUGUGGUUGAGGUCCCGAAGCUUGGGAAAGAAGCUGCACAGAAGGCCAUAAAAGAAUGGGGUCAGCCGAAAUCAAAGAUCACCCACCUCGUUUUCUGCACCACCAGCGGCGUCGAUAUGCCCGGCUGCGACUACCAGUUGACCAAGCUCCUCGGCCUCCGCCCCUCCGUCAAGCGUUUCAUGAUGUACCAGCAGGGCUGCUUCGCCGGCGGCACUGUACUCCGCAUGGCCAAGGAUCUGGCAGAGAACAACGCCGGCGCUAGGGUUUUGGUUGUUUGCUCUGAAAUCACCGCCGUCACUUUCCGGGGACCCAACGGCAGCCACCUCGACAGCCUCGUCGGGCAGGCUCUAUUCGGAGACGGCGCAGCAGCCGUCAUCGUCGGCUCCGACCCGGUGGUCGGAGUUGAACGGCCGCUGUUCCAGCUCGUCUCGGCGGCGCAGACGCUAUUGCCGGACAGCCACGGCGCCAUCGACGGUCACCUCCGGGAAGUGGGUUUAACUUUCCACCUACUGAAAGAUGUCCCCGGCCUGAUUUCGAAGCACAUCGGAAAAAGCUUGAAGGAGGCGUUUGAUCCUUUGGGAAUCUCCGACUGGAACUCCAUUUUCUGGAUAGCUCACCCCGGCGGUCCGGCGAUUCUUGACCAGGUGGAGUCAACUCUAGCACUCAAGCCGGAGAAACUCCGGUCGACAAGGCACGUGCUGAGCGAGUACGGGAACAUGUCGAGCGCGUGCGUGCUAUUCAUACUGGACGAAAUGAGGAAGUCAUCCGCCAAGGAGGGGAUGAGCACCACCGGAGAAGGGCUGAACUGGGGUGUGCUUUUCGGGUUCGGGCCGGGCCUGACGGUGGAGACGGUGGUUCUGCACAGCGUCGCUAUCAACUGAGAAGCCCUGCCAGUCAAGUUAAUUAAUGUGGGAGUGUGACUUUUAUGGAACUUUUUUAAUCUUUUUUAAUUUGUGUGCCCUUUUUUUUUUUUUUUUUUUUUUUAAUUUGUGUGUUUUGAAUUAUUUUCUCAUAUGUUUGGAUGUUAUUUAUUUAGUUUUCUUAUAUAUGGUAAAUAAAGGAAUUCUCAUUUUGAGGAAA